GCUAGUGCCUCCUCCGCCCCUUUCGCCUAUCAUCUCAACGCCGAGCAGUUCCGUAUUCAGCUGCUGUACUUUUUCAUGUACUGUUACCUCGCAUCACGUACACUGUAUUUGUUCAGAACGUACCGUCACCAAUAUGGACUCGUGAUAUUUGGGAAGCUCACAAGACAAGAAGGGGAAGAUGCUCUCUACUUGGUACUGUGUCUCAGACCGUGCUUAACAGAACAUGAGGGCCCUCCAAGAAGCGCCCUGGCGGAGUGGCACAUUAAGCUAUCUCUCAUGAGAAAUUCACCAUCACCCGCUACCUCCACACGGCACUGAGCUCACCAUUCCGUCCUGCUGGUCAAGAGGUCCCCCACCUCUUCACCCCCUGCGGCCACUCAAGAUGGCUGCCACCCAUAGGAAGCACUUGGUCAAGGACUUCAACCACUUCAUCACCUGCUACGUGUGUAAAGGUUACCUGAUCAAGCCCACGACAGUCACAGAGUGUCUGCACACAUUCUGUAAGAGCUGCAUUGUCCAGCACUUUGAAGAGAGCAACGACUGUCCCAAAUGUGGCAUCCAGGUGCACGAAACAAACCCUCUGGAAAUGCUGAGGCUCGACAACACUCUGGAGGAAAUCAUAUUUAAACUUGUGCCCGGACUCAGAGAAAGUGAACAGCAACAGGAGAUGGAGUUCUGGAAGAGGAACAAGUCAAAAGAAAAUGGAGAAGACGGCAGCCCCAGGGCCAAGAGAGCCCGUCUGGAUGACGAGGAAGAUGAUGAUGGCGAUAAGGACUACCACCGCAGCGACCCUCAGAUCGCCAUCUGUCUGGACUGCUUGCGUAACAACGGCCAGGUCGGAGAGAACACCGUCAAGGGCUUAAUGAAAAAGUUCAUCCGUUGCUCCACGCGAGUCACUGUCGGAACAAUCAAGAAGUUUCUCAGUCUGAAGCUGAAGCUUCCGAGUUCAUACGAGCUAGACGUUCUAUGCAAUGGUGAGAUCAUGGGUAAGGACCACACCAUGGAGUUCAUCUAUAUGACACGGUGGCGACUCCACGGGGAGAAUGUCUACCCAAUGGUACUGGAAUACAGGCCCCGGAUCGACUUUGGUUAGCCAAUGAGAACGAGCCUGAAGGCCACCUCUGCACUAACUUGAGCCCAUUGGUCGACAGCACAAUGAAUGGACACGCCCACUAAGUGGGAUCAGAACAGAUUCUUACUUGUUUUACUUCCUGAGGCCUUGUCCUAAUUCAGUCAUAGAAUUUCCUUCUAAGUGAUCUUAUUUUUUGAAUUCUUUUUAUUUAUGUCUUUGGACUUCCAAUUUUGUCCAAUUCCAUCUUUCUUAUUUUCAUCUGUGUUGGACUGCAGGAACAGAAGAACUGAUAUUUGUAUCUGUCGAAAAACAGAAUCUUGGUGAAGAAGCCCAGAAUCUCACAUCACAAUGGAGUAAUUUGAUGUUUUUUCCUUUCUUUUUUUUCCUUUUCAUCUGUAUUGUUUUUUUCUUCACAUGUUGUUUAUUUAUUCGAUUCCACGCAGCACGACAGCCAGAUUGAGAUAAUGUCAUCAUUACAGGGGCAGAGUUAUUCAUCACAAGAGGCAAUGGCAGCGGGUUAUUGUUUGGUUAGAGAUUAGCAUCGCAGCCGCUAGCACUGUGCUCAAGUGUCGUGUCGAGAUGCAUCUGUUCAGCUGCUCUGUCUGUGAUCACAGUGCCUUUAUCUUCUGGGAACUCUUCCAAUGGAUACCUUCAAAGCAUUGAAAUCCAAGCAUCAUAGUUUUGGUGAAUGUGUUUCAUGGUACAUAGUGUAGGCAACAUAUCCACUUGUGUAUUCACUCACAUAUGUAUUAUCCACAAGGCAUGCACUUGUAUAGUACAGUGACGCCACACAUUUUAAUCAGUAGAGCUAUAUUUGGCUUGGCCUCAUGACUUUAUCAUUACUAGUGCCAUAUUCUAUCAGUAUAAUACUGCAUAGAAAGGUACACAUAUAUGGAUCCAUUCAAAUAGUAUAUUUAGCUAUAUAUAGGUAUAUUUAGCUAUAUAUAAUAGCUAUAUACAGGUAGCAUAAUAUUAUGUUAUGGAACACUAUAUAUAGAGGGUGGAAUGCAUUAAAAAACAUUGUGCUGAUGCCUGAUAGCAGUAGCUUCGGAAAAGUAUGAAUUAAGUAAUUAUCAAUAUAAUUAUUCUCUCACCGCAUCUGUGAAAUAUUUCAGUCCAUGUUUUUCUAUGUUGUGUUCAUUAUGAAAUACUGCAUUGUGCAUAUUUUGUAUCAUUUGAGAUGCUGGAAAUGCUCCCGUAGGUAUUCAGAGGAAGGGUUACCCCUGUUUAGUCCAACCCAUGAUUUUCAGUAGGUUGCCUUUUGCCGAUCUUUUCCAUGAAGCAUUGUUGUCGGGGGCCCAUUUCAGUUAGUUUCCGCCAUCUUUGGCCUUACUUUAACCACAGCCUUCAAAAGUACUCAUGAUGUCCGACAAAGACAUCAACUCAUAACAUGUCAAUAAGCUCCUCUGUGGCGCUCAGUAAAAGAAACGCCCUGAAUGCUGAGCAACUUAUUUCCAGGGGUUAGGCAACGGACACCCAAAGAACUACACAGUUAUUUCUGUACACCAUUCCACUUCCUUCCAUUAUACAAUCAGUAACACAGGGGCGCUGGUGGGGGUCUUUAGUCCUUGGCUAAUGGAAACAGUUUGAGUUUGUUCUCUUGAUGAAGUACCAAUGUAAAAUACUGGGUUGUCUGCCUAUAUGUCUGCACUACUACCUGGGAUUUGUACUGUUUGUAUAUAUAUAGGCAAGCUAUAAAGGGUCGCCAUAGUUUUACGCACCUGCGAAGGAUGGGGAAGAGUUUUUGAUGAAGAUGCUGUAGUGGUGGUUUGAAAUGUUUGUCUUUACCGCUUAAGCGCCUAUGUUUCUACUGUUCAGUUUAUGAAGAGUUGUUUUUUUGUUUGUUUGUUUUUUUAUUUCUGUCUUCACUGUAAUGGGCAUGUUUGGUCGAUUUUACUUGAAAUGUGCCUCAUUAGUUUUCCUUGAGAGGUGUGAAGAUUAACUUAUCCUACCUUUCAUUUAAUGCCUGUAGGUCUCCAGAUACUUAAGUCUUCACAUUGCUGAAAGAUGAUUCGUCGACACUGUUGAGAAGUACUCAAAGUCUUCAAGUCAUACAGGAGAGUGAUUCGACAUCAGUUUUCAGUAAUACAUUAUUCAAGUCUGUCAUGACCGUCUGACAUUUUCACCUUUUUAAACUUUGAUAACCAAUGUCAUGGAUGUCAUGUCAAGUUCAUGUCACGUUAGAAGUUUAAAUCAUGCCUGAAGGAAUUUUCAUGGAAAAAUCCAAAGGAUUCUUCUUAAAUUCCCGAUCUCUCUCCGAAGAGGAGUUCUAUGUACAUUAUAUGACAUACCAGGGUUAAAAUGCUGUUGGUUUGUUUUACUGUGCCAAAUUACCACAAAAGACAGCAUAUUACAUUGUUUUUAAAGACUAUUUCGGCACCACAGUGUAGCUGCCCCCCAAAAAACACCAAAGAUGCGUAAUUGAACUUCUGGUACUGUUUAUUGUUUAUUUUCUGCACUGAUUUGAAUGGACAAAGGGUGAAACUGAAUUGGCAGAAAAAGCCCAAUUUGAAAAGUCCUAAUAAUACUUGAAGUCACUUGAAGUUCAUUCCCUUCCCACGCAUACGUCAAAUCAACAGAGCACUUCUAUUUCGACAUUCAGAUGUACACUUUAUACGUGUGCACAAAGUUGAAUGUUUUAAGUUUAGUUAGUCUCUGAAAACAACCAGUAAACGAAAAGAAAUGGAAAGAAUUGUUGAAACAGCCUGAAUACCCUCACCAUUUGCAGAUAAAUGCAUUUCCUCUGUGUCUGCGGUGUAUUUGCAGAACAGAAAAAAAAAUGUAUUUUGAACAAGAUCAUCGUCGUUUGACAUGGUACAACACCUGAACAUGUGUGUAGACCCCUUAAUCCUUGAACAGUCCUGGUGUUCCAAUGACCUGUUUGUAUUUUUGUAACAAGAAACACUUGUAGAUAUUUUAUCUAAAACAUAUGUGGUAUGUUUAACACAUAUAAAUGCUGCUUAGAGAUCAUGUAUUCUAUUUUUCAAUGUAACUGUGCCUGAGAUGAUUGGUGUAGAGGUUAGACCUGUAUGUACACUCAUGGGGUGUUCUUUAUGUUACAAAAUAUUAAGAAAUAAACACAGUUGUGUUUGAAGUCA